GGCGGCGGCGACAGCGGAGCCGGGCCGGAGGCUCGGGGGGUCCGGGGGCUGGGGGCAGCGAGCAGGGCGGUUCCAUGGCCGGGCCCCCCUGAGGCAGUCCGGGGGAGUCCCCUCCCCUCCCCAGCUCGGGGCUCUCCGGGCCCCAUGAGCCGGGGCGCGGGCGCGCUUCAGCGCCGGACAACGACCUACCUCAUCUCGCUGACCCUGGUCAAGCUCGAGUCGGUCCCUCCGCCGCCACCUUCUCCGUCUGCAGUCGCGGCCGGCGCCCCCGGGGCCCGAAGCACCGAGCCUGGGGAUCCGGGCAGUCCCCGCGGCGCGGAGGAGCCGGGCAAGAAGCGGCACGAGCGCCUCUUCCACCGGCAGGAUGCGCUGUGGAUCAGCACCAGCAGCGCGGGCGCGGGGGGCGCGGAGCCCCCGGCCCUGUCCCCCGCUCCGGCCAGCCCAGCCCGCCCCGUGUCCCCUGCUCCCGGCCGCCGCCUGUCCCUCUGGGCCGCCCCUCCCGGACCCCCGCUCUCCGGGGGGCUGAGCCCGGACCCCAAGCCGGGGGGCGCCCCCACCUCCUCCCGGCGCCCUCUACUCAGCAGCCCCAGCUGGGGGGGCCCGGAGCCCGAAGGCCGGCUGGGCGGCGGUGUCCCCGGCUCGUCCUCUCCGCACCCGGGCACCGGCAGCCGGAGACUCAAGGUGGCGCCGCCUCCGCCGGCUCCCAAGCCCUGCAAGACCGUGACCACGAGUGGAGCCAAAGCUGGCGGGGGCAAGGGCGCCGGCAGCCGCCUGUCAUGGCCCGAAAGCGAGGGCAAGCCCAGGGUCAAGGGGUCAAAGAGCAGCGCCGGGACUGGAGCUUCUGCCGCCGCCGGGGGAGGGGGUGCUGCAGCCGCGACCUCUGCUGGGGUCGGGGCUGGCGCUGGAGCCCGAGGGAAGCUGUCCCCUCGGAAAGGCAAGAGUAAGACCUUGGACAACAGUGACUUGCACCCGGGACCGCCUGCCGGCUCUCCUCCUCCGCUAACCGUCGCAGCCACCCCGACUCCAGCCGCUGCUGUCAGCGUCGCCGCCGCCUCCGCGCAGCCCCCCGGGCCUGCACCUCCAAUCACUCUGGAGCCUCCAGCUCCGGGUCUGAAACGGGGCCGGGAGGGGGGCCGAGCAUCCACUCGCGACCGCAAGAUGCUCAAGUUUAUCAGCGGUAUCUUCACCAAGAGCACAGGGGGGCCGCCUGGCUCCGGGCCCCCUCCCGGACCCCCAGGCCUGUCUUCUGGCAGCGGGUCCAGGGAGCUGCUGGGCGCAGAGCUCCGCGCCUCCCCUAAGGCUGUGGUCAAUAGCCAGGAAUGGACUUUGAGCCGCUCCAUUCCUGAACUGCGCCUGGGUGUUCUGGGUGACACCAGGAGUGGGAAGUCAUCACUCAUCCACCGAUUCCUGACUGGCUCAUACCAGGUGCUGGAGAAGACCGAGAGUGAGCAGUACAAGAAGGAGAUGUUGGUAGACGGACAGACUCAUCUGGUGCUGAUCCGAGAGGAAGCUGGGGCCCCCGACGCCAAGUUCUCAGGCUGGGCAGAUGCUGUGAUCCUCGUCUUCAGCCUGGAGGAUGAGAACAGUUUCCAGGCUGUAAGCCGUCUCCAUGGGCAGCUGAGCUCCCUUCGCGGGGAGGGGCGAGGAGGCCUGGCCCUGGCGCUGGUGGGGACACAAGACAGGAUCGGUGCUUCCUCCCCUCGGGUGGUGGGCGAUGCCCGUGCCCGGGCUCUAUGUGCAGACAUGAAACGCUGCAGCUACUACGAGACUUGUGCGACCUACGGGCUCAACGUGGAUCGGGUCUUCCAGGAGGUGGCCCAAAAGGUGGUGACCUUGCGCAAACAGCAACAGCUUCUGGCUGCCUGCAAGUCCCUGCCCAGCUCCCCGAGCCACUCAGCUGCUUCCACCCCUGUAGCCGGGCAGGCUAGUAACGGGGGCCACACUAGCGACUACUCUUCUUCCCUUCCGUCCUCCCCCAACGUGGGUCACCGGGAACUCCGAGCUGAGGCGGCUGCAGUGGCUGGAUUGAGCACCCCAGGAUCUUUGCACCGGGCAGCCAAACGCAGGACCAGCCUCUUUGCGAAUCGUCGGGGUAGUGACUCUGAGAAGCGGAGCUUGGACAGCCGGGGAGAGACGACGGGGAGUGGGCGAGCCAUCCCCAUCAAACAGAGCUUCCUGCUAAAGCGAAGUGGCAAUUCCUUGAACAAAGAGUGGAAGAAGAAAUACGUGACCCUGUCCAGUAACGGCUUCCUCCUGUACCACCCUAGCAUUAACGAUUACAUCCACAGCACCCACGGCAAGGAGAUGGACUUGCUACGAACAACAGUCAAAGUCCCAGGCAAGAGGCCCCCGAGGGCCAUCUCUGCCUUUGGCCCUUCGGCCAGCAUAAACGGGCUGGUCAAGGACAUGAGCACCGUCCAGAUGGGCGAAGGCCCUGAAGCCACUAUUCCCACACCAAGCCCCAGCCCCAGUUCCCUGCAGCCACCACCAGACCAGACAUCAAAGCACCUGCUGAAGCCAGACAGGAAUUUGGCCCGAGCCCUCAGCACUGACUGUACCCCAUCUGGAGACCUGAGCCCCCUGAGUCGGGAACCCCCGCCUUCUCCCAUGGUGAAGAAGCAGAGGAGGAAAAAGCUGACAACACCAUCCAAGACUGAAGGUGCAGCCGUGCAGGCUGAAGCCAAGCGCAAAAUGUGGAAACUAAAAUCCUUUGGUAGUUUAAGAAAUAUUUAUAAAGCAGAGGAGAACUUUGAGUUCCUGAUCGUGUCCAGCACUGGUCAGACAUGGCACUUUGAGGCGGCCAGCUUCGAGGAGCGGGACGCCUGGGUCCAGGCCAUCGAGAGUCAGAUCCUAGCCAGUCUGCAGUGCUGCGAGAGCAGCAAGGUCAAGCUGCGCACAGACAGCCAGAGCGAAGCCGUGGCCAUCCAGGCAAUCCGGAACGCCAAGGGAAACUCCAUCUGUGUGGACUGCGGGGCCCCCAACCCGACGUGGGCCAGCCUGAACCUGGGCGCGCUCAUCUGCAUCGAGUGCUCCGGCAUUCACCGCAACCUGGGCACACACCUGUCCCGCGUUCGCUCGCUCGACCUGGACGACUGGCCGCGGGAGCUGACCCUGGUGCUGACGGCCAUUGGCAACGACAUGGCCAACCGCGUGUGGGAGAGCGACACCCGGGGCCGCGCCAAGCCCACGAAGGACUCCUCGAGGGAGGAACGGGAGUCGUGGAUUCGCGCCAAGUACGAGCAGCUGCUGUUCCUGGCGCCGCUGGGCAGCACGGAGGAGCCGUGGGGCCGCCAGCUGUGGGCCGCCGUGCAGGCCCAGGACGUGGCCGCCGUGCUCCUGCUCCUGGCCCACGCGCGACACGGGCCGCUCGACGCCAGCGGGGAGGACCCGCAGCUGCGCUCCCCGCUGCACCUGGCGGCCGAGCUGGCCCACGUGGUCAUCACGCAGCUGCUGCUGCGCGCUGGUAUAGUUGCCCGGCAGCGCGAGAGACACCCCCACCCCCGCGCGGGCCGGGCACGACCACUCCGCGGGGACCGCCGGACGGAGGCACCCACU